CUCUGAUCUUUCACACAUAGGCACACACAAGACAAACGUCGGGGUAACAUUUAAGUCUAGAAGCGAGUUUGUUAGCAGCAUUCACACGUUCGAAUGUGCAUAAGGCGAUACCUCAGCAGAGGAAAAAUAGAAAGAUAGAGGUUCACACUCAACCAAUAAUGAAUGGACAACAAGAAGUUAGACAGUUGCAGAUUAAAAAGGAUUUUAGGGAGAUGUAUAGGCAAGGACAUGAGUACAUAACAGACUUGCUGCACAAGAUGGAAGAUGUGAGACCUCAGGUCGUCAAGAAGCUCGGUGCAUCAAGAGGAAAUAAACAGUUGCUAGCAGUGUUUAAUGACACCCUGCUAGAAACUGAAAAAACGCUUCAAGAACAGGACACUAAACAAUCAGAGUUGCAGUGGAAGCUCCAUGAACUGGAAGCAACACUCAGAGAGAUGCAGCACAAACUUCAUGAUGCCGAGAAUAAAAAUGAAGGCUUGCAAGCAAGGCUUGAUGAAGUGCUGCUAAAAAAUGAAGAAAUACUUAAAGUGAAUGAACAACAGGAAGCUAAACACACAAAAGUGAGGCACAAACUUCACGACACCGAGAGUAAAAAUGAAGGCUUGCAAGCAAGGCUUGACGAAGCACUGCUAAAAAAUGAAGAAAUACUUAAAGUGAAUGAACAACAGGACGCUAAAAACGCAGGGUUGGAAUACAAGCUCCAUGAACUGGAAGGGACACACAGAGCGAUGGAGCUCAAAUGUCACGACACUGAGAAAAAAAAUGAAGACUUGGAAGCAACGCUCAAGGAAGCCGUGCUAAAAAAUGACCAAAUCCUUAAAGAGAAGGAAAAAGAGAAAGGUAAACACACAGAGUUGCAAUGCAAGUUUGAUAGACUGGAAGUGACACACAGAGAUGUCCAGUACAAGUUCAGUGAAUUGAAAGGGACACACAGAGAGGUGCAGCUCAUACUUCACAAAAGCCUUAAAAAAUCUGAAGACUUGCAAGCAAUGCUUGAUGAAGCCCUGCUAAAAAAUAAAGAAAUGCUUAAAGAAAAGAAAGAACAGGAAGGUAAACACAAGGACUUGCAAAGCAAGUUCAAUGAACUGGAAGGUAAACACACGGAGUUGCAAAGCAAGUUCAAUGAACUGGAAGGUAAACACACGGACUUGCAAUGCAAGUUCAAUGAAUUGGAAGGUAAACACACGGAGUUGCAAAGCAAGUUCAAUGAACUGGAAGGUAAACACACGGAGUUGCAAUGCAAGUUCAAUGAACUGGAAGAGACGCACAGAGAGAUGCAGCGCAAACUUCACAACACCAAGAAGGAAAAUGAUGGCUUGCAAGCAAAUCUUGAUGAAGCGCUGCUAAAAAUUGAAGAAAUGCUUAAAGAAAAGAAAGAACAGGAAAGUAAACACACAGACGUGGAGUGCAAACUCCACAAACUGGAAGGGACAAACAGAGAGGUGCAGCGCAAACUUCACGACACCAAGAAGGAAAAUGAAGACUUGCAAGCAAAUCUUGAUGAAGCACUGCUAAAAAAUGAAGAAAUGCUUAAAGAAAAGAAAGAACAAGAAGCUAAACACUUGAAGGUGCAGUGCAACCUCCAUGAACUGGAAGUGAGGCACAGAGAGCUGGAGUGCAAACAUCACAACACAAAGAAUGAAAAUGAAGACUUGAAAGCAAAGCUUGAUGAAGUGCUGCUAAAAAAUAAAGAAAUGCUUAAAGAAAAGAAAGAACAAGAAGCUAAACACACGGACGUGCAGUGCAAUCUCCACAAACUGGAAGUGACUCACAAUGAGGUGCAGCGCAAACUUCACGACACCAAGAAAAAAAAUGAAGGCUUGCAAGCAAAUCUUGAUGAAGCCCUGCUAAAAAAUGAAGAAAUGCUUAAAGAAAAGGAAGAACAGGAAGCUAAACUCUUGGAGGUGCAGUGCAACCUCCAUGAACUGGAAGCGACUCACAGAGAGCUGGAGUGCCAACAUCACAAUACAAUGAAAGAAAAUGAAGUCUUGAAAGCAAAGCUUGAUGAAGCCCUGCUAAAAAAUGAAAAAAUCCUUAAAGCAAAGAAAAAACAGGAAGAUAAACACAAGGAGGUGCCGUGCCAGAUCCAUGAGCUGGAAGUGAAAUACAAAGAGGUGCAGAGCAAAUUUCACGACACCAAGAAAAGAAGUGAAGGCUUCCAAGCAAAGCUUCAUGAAGCCCUGCUAAAAAAUACCGAAAUGCUUAAAGAAAAUAAACAACGGGAAGAUAAACACAUGGAGGUACAGUCCAAGUUCAAUAAACUGCAAGUGACACACACAGACUUGCAGCGCAAAUUUCAGGACACCAAGAAAGAAAAUGAAGGCUUGAAAGCAAAGCUUGAUGAAGUGCUGCUAAAAAAUACCAAAAUGCUUAAAGAAAAUAAACAAUGGGAAGAUAAACACAUGGAGGUACAGUCCAAGUUCAAUAAACUGCAAGUGACACACACAGACUUGCAGCGCAAAUUUCAGGACACCAAGAAAGAAAAUGAAGGCUUGAAAGCAAAGCUUGAUGAAGCGCUGCUAAAAAAUGAACAAAUACCUAAAGUGAAGGAACAACAGGAAGCUAAAUACACAGAGUUGGAACGCAAGCUCCAUAAACAGGAAGUGACAUACAGCCAGGUGCAGACCAAACUUCACAACACAGAGAAAGAAAAUGAAGGCUUGAAUGUGAAGCUUGAUGAAGCCAUGCUAAAAAUUCAACAAAUACUUAAAGAGAAGGAACAACUAAAACAAAGAAAGAGCAAUUUGAAGAAGAAAUGUGCAGAGAAGCAAUGCAAGAUCCAAGAAAUGGUGAAAGAAAAUGCAGAACUGCGAAAUCUCUAUAACAAAAUUCAGCACAAAAACACUGAAAUGCACAAGGAGCUGCAACAACAGGAGGAAACACAUAAAGAAGUGCAGAGGAGAAAUCACGAGUUACAAGACAUGUGUGUCAAACUGCAGCAAAUAAAUAAAGACAUGCACAAGGAACAGAAUGUAGAGAAAGAGAAAUAUAAAAACCUGAAUGAAAAGUAUGCAGAAAACCAGGAAGAAUUAGAAGAACUUGAAAAAAAGUGCAAGAACCUUGAGGAGGAGAAGGUAGAAAAUAUCAGUCAUCUGAGAACACUUGCAUUAGAGAACAAGAAUCUGGAAGAACGCUGCCAGAAAAAGAAAAAGCCCUUCUGGUUUUUCUGGAAGAAAUCUACUGAUUCUUCAGCACCGUGCAGACAAAAUCGUGUUUUCCCGUUAUAACUCUGCUGCUUCUUCAGUUCUACCUGCACAAAACUAGCCUCAUCUUCCUCCAUCUUUAAUCGCAGAAGAAGCUUCAUCCCUUUCUUCUUCCUCCCCUCCCUUCUUCUGUCUCCCCUCUUUUCCUUUUCCUUUCAACCCCCAAACCGGUCUUGACAGAUGACUGCCCCUCCCUGAGCCUGGGUCUGUCGGAGGUUCCUUCCUGUCUACAGGGAGUUUUUCCUCCCCACUGUUGCUUGCUCAUCGGGGAAUGUCGGGGGUUUCUCUUCUCUGUCUCUUUCCCUCU